AUGACGUGGGGCACAGCCUGGGAACACCUCGGGAUCCCCCAGGAAGAGCCGGAAAACAUUGCUGGGGAGAGGAACCCUGCUAAGCCUGCUGCCCCCCACGACCCGUCCCCGGAUAAGCAGAAGUCAAUGGAUGGAUAUGUGCCCAACCAGGUCGUAUUAAAUGGCGUAUACUGCUAUCAGUCGUGCAGUCCUCUUCAGACCGCGUUCGUCUGUCACAAUUGCCGAAAACCAUAUUUCCUGUGGAAUAACUCCCUCUCUGAAUCAUUUCUAAGUAUCUCAGAGGCAAAGAGGAGGUUUCUACACGGAGGUGAUACGUGUUGGAGCAGUAUGGAAGGCAAUAGGCAGAAGCAACAGAGACCAUCAGUGCUGCGUCAGGUUUCCCAAACAGCUUCCAGACGACAUCAUGUGCAUCCAGAAAACAGUGCAACUGUCUCCAUUUGCAAGGAGGAGGUGGAUGCAGUCUGUCUCCCCGAGUCGUCUUCACCACACAUGGGCUCCUCUCCCAGGCAAAGUCUUCACUUCCUGCCCUUGAGGAGAGACGGUCCAAAGCAGAGCUCCAUCGAGGCCAGGCUUCACGACGGCAUCCCUGAGGGGACCAGUGCUCUGUUCGUUAGUGGCCUCUGCCGCUGGCCUGGCUGUGAUGUCGUGUCUGAAGAUUUCCCUAGUUUCUUAAAGCAUCUCCAUUCUGAACACAGUCAUGGUGACAGAAGCAUUGCUCAGUGGAAGGUCCAGCAAGAUAUCGUUCAGUGCCUGGAGAGUCAGCUCAUCCUGGAAAAACAGAAACUCAUUGCGAUGCAACUUCAUCUGCACCUCUCUGAACACAAACACACUGAUUUGGCAGCUUCCGAGUGGCCGUACAGCCUUCCUCUGUUCCUGCCCCAGCCUCAGGUAACAGACGGAGACAGGAUGCAACAGUGGGGCAUGAAACAUCUGGAGGAGUUGGCACAGCACGGCUACAGAGCUGCUGCUUCUGCCCACCUUUUGCCAGAUUUGGUCCCCAGUUUUGAAUAUUACAAAUUCAACAACAUCAGGCCUCCAUACACCUACGCCUACUUGAUAAGAUGGUCCAUCCUGGAGUCUCCAGACAAACAGCGCACUCUGAAUGAGAUCUACAACUGGUUCACUACGAUGUUCUACUACUUCAGACACAACACUGCUACCUGGAAGAAUGCGGUGCGGCACAACCUCAGCCUACACAAGUGUUUUGUGCGAGUGGAGGGAGGAAAGGGAGCUGUGUGGACAGUGGAUGAAACAGAGUACCAGAGGAGGAAGGGACAGAAGUACCACAGAGACUGUCCUGUGAAGUGGCUCACGACCUACUCCCAUUACUUUCCAGAGGACCCCUGAACACCAGCUGAUAGCAGCACUGAGCUGCUCCUUUAGUCCCAUUCACAUGUAGUGGUAUACAGAACUACAUGAAGAACUGUUGAUGUGCCUAUUUUGUAUUAUUUUCAAAAUGACUUGUUAAACACAUUUGUUACAUUGAGAUGUUUUGUACACAUAUACCUGCAUACAGCAGUUUUUGUUUGUACUCAGUGAUUUAUAUUUUCCAAAAGAAGUGUUACAAAAUAAAUGAAGCCAACAUUU